ACUAACCCCAACAAUAACUUAGGGAAGAGGUUCAACUUGUUUCCUUGACUAUAGUAACACACAAGGUCAUUUAUGUAUAGGAGAAAGAGAAGAGGGCCAAGGACACUUCCCUGUGGGACACCAACUGUAAUUGGUUGUGCGGAAGAGCUUGCCCCAUUUGCGUACACAUAUUGGCUUCUGUUGCUGAGGUAUGACAUGAGGUAGUUGAGGGAGUGCCCUCUAAUACCAUAGUGUGACAAUUUUACGUGGAGCAAGUCAUGGUCAGCUGUAUCAAAAGCUUUACAUGUAUCCUGUGUUGCAUACUAUAAGAAGGCCCAUGUUAGCUGGGUGGUUUUCACACCUUGCACAUCACAAAUUGUGUCUACUAUUGUGUAGGACCUACACUUCACGCAACAUAUUAAAGCUUCGUGAAAGAGGACUAUGGGCUGACCGCUUUCCUGACUCAAACACUAACAAGCUAUUGGAAGAGCUGACCAGAAGACCACAAACAAUGUACAGUGGGUUUGAUCCCACUGCUGACUCUUUGCAUGUGGGAAAUUUGUUAGUUUUAAUGGCCCUUCUUCAUUGUCAGAGGGCUGGACACAAUGUUAUUGCUCUUAUUGGGGGAGCAACAGCGCAAGUGGGUGACCCUAGUGGAAAAAGCAGUGAACGACCUUUGCUUGACACAGAUGUGGUAAUAGAUAAUGCAGAUAAAAUUUCAAAGAAUAUCUAUCAGAUAUUUGACAACCAUCAACAAUUUUUUUGGGAUAGAGGAAAUGACCAGCAGUUGCCACCUUUAAGAAUUGAGAAUAAUCUUCACUGGUACAGAAGGUUGAAUGUUGUGGACUUUCUGCGUGUUGCUGGUCGAAAUUUAAGAAUGGGAGAUAUGCUCUCACGCACCAGUGUAAAAUCUCGGCUUAAUUCAGCUGAAGGCCUGAGCUUCACAGAAUUUUCAUACCAGGCUCUUCAAGCAUAUGACUGGCUCUAUCUAUAUGACAAGUAUAACUGCACAAUUCAGAUCGGAGGUAAUGACCAGAUGGGAAAUAUAUAUUCGGGUCAUCAGCUUAUUUACCGAGUAAAUAAUGCUUCUGUAACAGGUUUUACAAUACCUUUAAUAACCAACGAAAUUGGUGACAAGUUUGGGAAAUCUGCAGGCAAUCCUGUAUGGCUGGACAGUAGUAAAACGUCUCCAUUUGACUUGUACCAAUUUUUUGUCCGCUUAAAGGAUUCAGAGGUUGAAAAGUAUCUUCUCCUUUUCACCUUCCUUCCUAUAAAGGACAUAAAAAGCAUUAUGGAAAAGCACUGGCAGUGCUCCAUGUUGCCGUCAGGUGAUCGCCAAGUGCCAAAUUCGCAGCCUCAUAUCUCGAGCAAACCUGAAAGCAGACAUGCACAGUUGAAAUUAGCAGAAAAAGUUACACUUCUUGUACAUGGUGAAGAAGGUCUAGAAUCUGCUCAUCGUACAACUGAGGCUCUGUUUGGCAACCAACCUGAAGCUCUUGCCAAAAUGUCCACAAAUGAAAUAGAAGUUGUGUUCAAAUCUGCUCCCUCAACUAGCCUCCUCCUAGAACCAGGAACAUCUGUCCUUACCAUGGCAUUGAAGGCUGGCUGUUUUGCAGAUGAAAGAGAUGCUCGCCGCAUCAUUGAGGCUGGAGGAUUUUACAUAAAUCUUGCUCGUGUCAACAAUCCAGAUCUUAUACUUAUCCCUGGAGCACAUAUACUUUCUAAUGGUCUCACUGUAGCAAGAGUUGGUAAAAAGAACUACUACUUGAUCAAAUGGCUUAUGUAACUGUUUGUAAUGGCUUGUGUAACCAUUUGUAAUGGCUUAUGUAACUGUUUGUGAAUAAAUCUGUAAAAUUACUGCAUAUAAA